AUGUCAAAAAAAUCUCAUUCAAGUUUUCUUAAUGAAAAUAACGAAGUUUCCUCGGUAACGAACUCCAUAGAGAAUGAUUCUCUGUUUUUCGGUAGUUGCAUAGCGAUAAGUCCAGACAGUCAACGAAUUAUUACUUUUAGUCAAGAAACGCGCGAAUUGAAGUUAAUUAAUAUUAAUGAUUUAAGUUCAAGUAAACGUAUUUUUACACUUGGAAGUGAAUUUAAUGGUGAACAUGAUAAACACCUUUGUUGGUCUCUAGCAAUAUCAAAUUAUUUAGACGAUGAUAAAAUUGAAUAUCUUAUCGCUUUAUCUUGUUUUGAUGCAAGAGGAUUUCGUCAUGAUAAAAUUCACGGUGAUGACAAAAAUGACAUAGACUUUGGUGAUAAAGUUAAUAACAAAUAUGGCGAUGACGAAAAUGACUUAGAAUCUUGCAAUCGUGAUGACGAAAAUGACUUAAAAUAUGGUAAUAACUGUCAAACAUGGGUUAUCUCUGCUAAAGAAAGAAGUGAAAUACAUACUUUAGAAUCUAUUGGUGGUGUUAUAAGAUUUCUCGAUUGGGAUGAUAAUAAUGAUAAAACUAUGAAACGGAAAAAAAGAAAACAAGGAUUUUUCUUACGACCAGCCAAGAUGAUUAAACAAUACGAAUUACCCCAGCAACUUUCAAUUCGCCUUUCACGUGAUCAUUGGCAUAAUUCAUUAGAACUCUUACACAUAAGUAUUAUUAAAAAUCAUUUUAUGGUACAAUCUUUUGAAAAUCGACAACAAAUCAUUGAAAUGUAUAGUUUAAUUACUGGUGAUCUAGAGAUGUUAUUUAAACGUCAUGAAUCUUCGUUAGCUCCUAACAUAAUUCAUGGUUCACCUAUCUUUGCCAUCUCUCAAAAUGAAAAAAUUUUAGCAUUUUGUCGGGGAACUACCAGCAUUACAUUAUACUUAAUGGAAAAUGGUUUAGAAAUUACUACUAAACAAUUAGAAGGUCAAAGAGGAAUUUAUAAAAUUAUUGCUAUAAAUUUUAUUGAUGAUGAUAGUAAACUUUUAAUAGUUCUCGAAGAAAAAGAAUAUCGACAAGGUGAAUAUUUUAAGCAUCAAACAUUUGUGGUAUGGGAUUUAUUUACCACAUUUGAAAAUUCUAUACGUCAAAUUGAUUAUUCCGAAACUAAGAAACCCCUAAAAACGGAUGUCACACAUAGAUUAAUGAAUCAUCCCGGAAAUAUGUUUGCGGUUAGAGAUAGUGGAGAUAUUAUUUCAGUAUUAGACCAUAAAGAUGUUGCUUUAAUUAGAAGUCCUUCAACAAAGGAAAUGACUAAAAUUGAUAUUAUUACGGGGGAUCACGUUUAUAAUGAAAUGUAUAGUAUAAAUGGGAAAAGGCCCGACGCAUCAAAAUUAGUAAAAAAUCGAACAAUUAUUUAUAAUGUCGAACCAUGGCAUCCAAAUGAUGGUUAUUUUCGAUUAUCAGUUUACUUAGAUUUUACUGAAAGUACUCAACUAAUUAUUUCGAGGAACACUAUACAAGUAUGGAAAUAUCGUAAUAAUACUACUGUAGAAAAACGAGAUAGACGUCGUGAUCGAGUAUUAGAAUACAUAUGGGCUCGGAAAAAAGUAAUUGAUGUUCAAGAACUAAGAAUUGGAGAACGAGAAUUCGUUUUAAAAGUUUUAAUACCUUCUACUAAGCGUUUCACACCACCAAAAUCAAUGACGAUACAUUGGCCAAAUAAUGUAAAUGUUCUUGAAGGGGCAUGUCGAGCCCUCUAUGUUUUAAGCGUGAAGAAACAUAUUGUAACAGGUCAUGAAAAUGUUUAUCAAGUUAAAUAUUUAAUUGAAUGCACAGAAAGAUUAGUACGAAAAUAUAUCAAAAAAUAUGGAAUAUUUAGAUUAACUAGUAUUAGAUAUCCAAUUAUGAAAUAUCUUAUUAAAAGUUAUCAAGAAAAUUUAAUCAAACAUAUUUUAAAUGUGAAAAUUAAUAAUAAGCAUAGUAAUAUAUAUAUACCGAGAUUAUAUAAGUGGGAGGCAUAUGAAGAUAAUAAUAGAUCAACAACAGAGAUAUCAAAGUCAGAUUUACAUCAUGCUAUUUUAUGUAUUCAAAGGGGAGACCCUAAAGUAAUUUUAAAAUAUUUAAUAGAUUAUUAUGCUGAUAAUGCUAAAGAAUAUAAUAAUCAUGGUUGGAUGUUUACCAUAAGCGAGGCAAUACCUUUACUAUAUGAUUCUCAAUUAAGUGAAUUUGUUCAAUAUUUAUUCAAAAAACCAUGUUUUGGGACUACUGAAGCUUACACUCCACCAUUGAAUAUUAAUCCUUAUGAUCAAAAGAAAGGAAAUAACGCAGCUGUGAUACAUUCUUUGGCAGUAAAACCGUGUCUUGCACCAAAGUUCCAUAAUACUAUAUGGAUUUUCUUAGAAAACCUAUUUAAAAGGUUUGAAGCUUCACAUAAUGAUCGUAAAGUUUAUAUAGUCCCAUUACCUGAUUUUACAGUAUACCCCAAAGACCCCAAAGUUCGUGAAGAUCAUAGUGAAAAUUAUUCAAAAUAUUCUCUAUUUGCAUUUUUUCGAAUAUCUUUUUGGCCACGUAGAAAAGUUAUUAAUAAUACUAAAGAAAUGAGUCCUUUCCUACGCGUUAUUCAUGAAGAGAAAGGUUAUGAAAUUUUUCAAACACCUACAAUUAUGGCAGUCUUAGAUUUUAAAUGGUCAGAAGCCCGUCGAUACUUUAUUCGUCAUAUCUUUAUUUAUAUAUUUUACGCUAUUUCUUAUACUGUAACAAUUAUUUCAUAUUCUUUCAAGGGAGAAUCAUCAAUAGUUAAUUUAUUUAAAAUAGACUCAAAUAUAUUAUUAACAAUUUGUCUCUUAGUAUAUUUAUAUACUGGAUGGUAUUUAAUUGUUACAGAGAUUGUACUAUUUAAAAGAAAAGGUUGGCGUAGAUAUAUGCUGUGUGAUCUAUUAUCAGUGUUAUUACCAUUGGCGAGUUUUUUAUAUGAACAUCAAGUAAUCAUUUUGAGUUAUUCAAUAUUUAACUCGGUUUUAGCGUUUAUAGUUUUAGUUAUGUGGCUUCAAUUUGUCAGUCCAGGACGUUUUAUAUAUAUCAUUAUGAACAUUUUAAAUACUAUUUGGCCAUUCUUUGCAUUUAUGUUGAUUGCCGUACUUGCAUUUGGUCACGCUAUGUUCAUUCUUCUUAAUUAUGCGGAUAACUUACAAGUUCCUACUUAUAAAAUUAGUGACACUUCAAAUCCUGACUUAUAUUCAAAUAUUACAAUUUAUCAGAAUAUUGAUAAAUCUUCCCUAUUUGAUAAUUAUUAUUCAAAUUUCUUCUCAUCAGUAGAAGCUGUAUUCUUUUGGAUUAAUGGACGAUGGGAUCAAUUAGACCAAUGGGAUAGUUACGCUGUAAGUGUAAUAAGUAUACUGGGAAGUAUGACAUUAGUGUUAAUUUUCCAAAAUAUGUUGAUCGCAUUUAUGAAUGACACAUUUGAUAAGGCAAAUAAACAUAGUCGUACAGCAGCUCAUAAAUAUCGUGCUGAACUUGUUGCUGAUUACGAGUCUUUAGAAAAACCUUUUGGUAGUAUAAGAGGUAAUCCUCGAUACAUUUAUUAUAUCCCUGAUCCCGACGUAAUUGAUAACUGGCUUACAGAAACUAAAAAGGAUGAGAAACAAAAAUUACGUCUUAUGGAUAAUUCAGCCUUUUCAAUAAAAUAUCGACAUAAACAUGAAGGUUCUGAAAGUACAGUGAAUUUGGAUUCUAUUAUACCUGUUACUAUUAAUAAAAUUUCAGUUAUUGAUGAAGAAAUUUUUCUGUUAAAAGUUUAUAAUAAAUCAAGUAAUUAUCCAGAUCCUGCUACAGAUGUUGAUGAUCGAUUAUUAAUUCAAGAAAGAUUUAAUAACCUGGAGAUAAGAUUUAAUAACCUGGAGAUAAGAUUUAAUAAUUUGGAGACAAGAUUAGAACAAAAUUUUAAAACUAUAUUGAAAACUUUAAAUAAACUAAAUAAUGAUGUUUAA